AUGAACACAACAACACCACCUAAAAAACAACAAAUCCCUCAAAACAAUUCACCUAUAGAUUCAAGUGUCAAUUCCCAUUUUCAUAAAAGAAGAAAGUCUUCAGCUUUUGCAUCAGUCAAGAUGGCCCACUUUGAUUCCCCUGACCCUAAAACCAAAUUUCCAGUGAAAGAAACCAUGAAUCUUGGUGAUGAAACCAAGAAUGAUCUAAAAAUAUCGUGUUCACUCUGUAAAAAUCCGCUGGGUCUUGCGGAAAAUGACUAUUCUGUCCCUUGUUCUUUGAUGUCGUUAUCUAAAGUGCAUUUGGUGUCAAGUUGGAAAGGGAGAGAAAAGGGUGGGACAAGUGUAGCUGUUGUGGUGUCUGAUAUUUGUUGUGUUGAUGGGAGAAUUUGGAAAAGAAGUGGUGAUGAAGGAAUUUGGAGCAAAGAAGAUGGCCGUGUAUUUAAUACGGCUUUCUACCCUUUUUGUAGUGAUCAAGUCAAUUGCCUUGGGCUACAUGUUGUGGCAACUGAUUCCUCUAAUGUGCAGCUUUUAAACAAGGAAGUCUCACCUUCUAGUGUUACAAGUUUGAGUAAAGGCGUCUCACAAAAUCCGUUUGAGAAAUUUGCCUACACAUCUCCACAAACCAACUCGAUAGGCUGGCGAACCACAAAAUCUAAGAUGAGAUUACCAAAGAAAGUCCAAUUGUACACAUACGCACUUUACAAAGCAGCAAAAACAGCAAGCAUUAGCACAGGCGCAUAUAGUAGAAGAGGUCUCUGUAAAAGCUAG